AUGUACUUGGUGGUGGGACAUUUGUUGGCUAGUUCGAUUUUAGUAGACGGCAGUCACGCGCUUCUCCUUAAUGGCGUGGAAUCUUAUUGCAGAUAUCCAAGUAUUGAUGCACAUUUUGAGAAAGUUCCGCAACAAUCAUCACUUCCUGAUUUUAAGUCCCAGUAUCUGAACAAGUUAAAGAUUACAAAGAUUUUUUUUGAUAAUUCUGAAAAACUAAUAAUUGGAUCAAACACUUGCAACAUUCUGGCCAUUUCAAGUAUUCGUGUAGAUAAUGUUAAGCUUGCCCCUGAGGGGGGUGCAUCGACAAAAAAUUUCAAUCCUUCAACAGAUGCACGUAUUUUUUUAUCAGCCACCUCGAUAAAAAAAUCAAUUAAAAUACUUAAUGCUAGUAGCGAUCAGCUGCUUUCCAUGGGUGCAGAUCCUUUAACAUAUGUCAGGCAAUUACGGUCUAAAUGUAACCAAGAAAUCACUUAUUCUCUUGCAAGAGUAUUUGGAGAAUAUGCAAGAAAUCAUACAUUACAACCAACUAUUCAAAUGAUCCAAUGCUGCUAA